AUGUCUGAAAAUACUCAUUUAUCGGGUGAAGAAAUUGAAGAUUUUAAAGAACAAGAUCGUUUUCUUCCAAUAGCAAAUGUAGCACGUAUAAUGAAAAAAGCUUUACCAGACAAUGCAAAGAUUGCAAAAGAAGCCAAAGAAUGUGUUCAAGAUGAUCGUUGUCAACAAGAAAAAAGAAAGACAAUUAAUGGAGAAGAUAUUUUGUGGGCUAUGCAAUCUCUAGGUUUCGAAAAUUAUGCAGAGGCUUUGAAGAUUUAUUUAGCAAAAUAUAGAGAAACAACAAAAAUUGAAAGAUCUUCAACUACAAAAGAUAAAGAUGAAUCAACAGAUGAUUAUGGUCAGAAACAACAAUUUUUUAAUGUACCAGAAAAUUUUAUCCAAGAUAAUCAUCAAAGUUAA